UUGUAUAGGACACGCGAUGAUAGCUGGUUAAUGCAUGCCAUUGCAUAGGACACGCGAUGAUAGCUGAUCCAUGGAUGAACAUAAGGACAGAGUGUUUCUUAUCACAGGUUCCAGCUCCGGUAUUGGGGAAGGCAUUGCUGUCCAUCUCGCCAAGACCGCAGCAGGGUUGUCCUUGACAGGAAGAAAUAAUGUCAAUCUAGAGGCGGUGAAAGAUAAAUGUGUGAAGGAGGGUUUAUCGCCUGAUAAGAUUCUACUCUCCGUUGGUGACUUAACUUCGAGAGAUUUUAGAAAGUCGCUCGUGGAACAAACAAUUGGACAUUUCGGAAGACUUGAUGUUCUUGUAAAUAAUGCUGGUAUGGGGAAGCCUAUGCCAAUUUCAACGGAAACAGAGGAAAACUUUGACGAAAUCAUGAAUGUCAACAUCAAGUCAGCGUAUUUUCUCACACAGCUGGUGAUACCAUAUGUCAAGGCUACGAAAGGUUGCAUCAUCAAUAUAUCAAGUGUACUGUCCACUUGCACUUCGAAGAUCCCUGGAAAUUGCUCUUAUUCAAUGUCCAAAGCAGCCAUGGAUGCCUUCACUAGAGGAUUAGCACAGGAGUUAGCGCCCUUUGGAGUGCGAGCAAACACUGUGAGGCCUGGACUAAUUCGAAGCAAUUUUCUGAGACGUGAUAACGUUCCUAGUUUGGGGAAUGAAGGAUCGUACAAUAAGUUUCUUGAUACGAGAGCAAAAGAGAAUCCCUCUGGUCGGGUCGGUGAGCAGGAAGACGUAGCCACGGUUGUCUCUUUCCUGGCCUCUGAUAAAGCAUCGUACAUUAAUGGAGGAGAUAUAGUCGUGGAUGGUGGACGUUAUGUCCAGUACUAGAAAGGACUGUCACUGCAGCAUGCAAAAAACUUAGUAGACGUCAAUAUCAUUGUCAUGAUGAUAUUCUUUUGGAAUUGAGACAAACAGAAUAUGCAGCAACAAAAUUAACAUUUAAAGUGUUAAGACGUAAUGUAAAACAAAUGUAUGUUCGUUACAUGUUUUUGAUGAAAGCAGAAGAACUCUUUUUAACAAUUAAAUAUGAAAUUUAUUGGAAUUAGUAACCUGUCAAUCAGUUACGCUAUCUGAUCGAUGGUAAUCGAUUAGAAAGUGUGUAAUCGGUCAAUGAGGGAAAAUAUAAUGUUGAAAAAUUUUAACGCAAUAUUCUAACACUCUUUUUUGAAUGAACAUUCUGUAUUAACGUUGACAAUUAUAGUUAUGGUUCCUAAUCGAGAUCGCAGGAUUAUUAGUCAGUUUGUGAAGUGUUAAUAACUGUCUGUUACAUCAUGGUGUUACUCCAUUGUCUUCAAUGAUAUGUAAUAAAUUGCCUUUGAGCGCUGUGAAUUAUU